CGGAAACCUCCCGAAAGGAGAACUUGUCUGCCGCCCCGCCGCCCGCAUUCUCUCCCGCGGCGCAUCCGCCAGCAUCCGCCCGCCCUCUGGGUGCUGCCCUCCCACCCGGGGGUUCGGGGCCGACCCGCCGACUCCAGCUGGAAGGUUUCCUCGCUCGCGGUGUGUCGAGGGGAGGCACCGUCCCCAAGGCACCCAAGCCUCACCCUGCGGGGGAAGGGAGUUGGGUGGGGGCAAGCCAGGAAGGGAGGAUCUCCGCGGCUCUCCUAAAAUCAAUCAGCAGGCUGCGAGGAGGAAGAGUUUGGCACUUCGCAGGCGAGACUGGGCUUGUUUUCCCCAGCAGUGAUGCCGCUGGACUGAGAGCGGCGCGGCCGCACAAGUUGGGGGAACGGAGCCUUCCCCAUCCACCGCUCCCCAGCCCCGCUCCAGCCCCCGCCGCCCCUCCAUGAGAGCUCCUGCGAGGGGAGGGCGACUCGGCGCCUUCUAGGGCUACUCCCCGCCGCCUGCCGACUUCCCCACCCUCCGACGAGGAACGGCGCGCACCCCGCACCCCGGAGAGUUGUCUCGGCAGCUCCGUGCUAUGGCGAGGCUGCGGAGAAGCAAACUAGCCGCUGGAUUUCUAUUACUUUUCCAGUUCCUGAGCGAGCGCUGCCAGCUCGCCGGCGGAGAGACUGCGAGUCAAAGCCGCGGUGUGCUUUAUGAAGUUGUUCAGAGCUUCCCUGGAGUGGAAGAAAAUGUGCAAGUGGAUGCACGUGUAAAUAGCCACAGGUGGAGAAGGCACUCAGAGUCUCUUAAAUCAGUCAACACUAACAGAGCCAGUAUGGGGCAGGAUUCCUCUGAGCCAGGUGGUUUCACAGAUCUGUUGCUUGAAGAGGGACAUGAGAAUGCCACCCAGAUUGAGGAGGAUACAGAUCAUAAUUAUUAUACUUCAAGGACGUAUGGCCCAUAUGAUUCUACCAGUCGGGAUUUAUGGGUCAAUAUAGACCAAAUGGAGAAAGACAAAGUAAAGAUUCAUGGGAUCCUCUCCAAUACUCAUCGACAAGCAGCAAGAGUGAAUCUGUCCUUUGAUUUUCCAUUUUAUGGCCAUUUUCUACGUGAAAUUACUGUGGCAACUGGGGGUUUCAUAUAUACUGGAGAAGUUGUGCAUCGAAUGCUAACAGCUACACAAUAUAUUGCACCCUUAAUGGCAAAUUUUGAUCCCAGUGUAUCAAGAAAUUCAACAGUCAGAUACUUUGAUAAUGGCACAGCACUAGUUGUCCAGUGGGACCAUGUUCAUCUGCAGGAUAAUUACAACCUGGGCAGUUUCACUUUUCAGGCCACCCUUCUCAAUGAUGGGCGUAUCAUUUUCGGCUACAAAGAAAUUCCUGUCGCUGUGACACAGAUAAGCUCAACAAAUCACCCUGUGAAAGUUGGACUAUCAGAUGCAUUUGUGGUCGUGCACAGAAUUCAGCAAAUUCCCAAUGUCCGCAGAAGAACAAUUUACGAAUACCACAGGGUGGAGCUGCAGAUGUCAAAGAUUACAAAUUUGUCAGCUGUUGAAAUGAUACCUCUUCCAACUUGUCUCCAGUUUAACAGCUGUGGUCCCUGUGUCACUGCUCAGAUUGGCUUCAACUGCAGCUGGUGCAGUAAACUCCAAAGAUGCUCCAGUGGAUUUGACCGUCACCGACAAGACUGGGUAGACAGUGGCUGUCCUGAGGAGUCAAAAGAUAAGAUCUGUGAGAAGAAUGUAGACACAACUGAAACACCGCUGUACUCUACCACCACUCUUCAACCAACCACAACAAAAUUCAGAGUUUUAACAACCACCAGAGGAUUCACCAGCUCCCAGCUGCCAACCAGCCUACCCACAGAAGAUGAUACCAAGAUAGCACUGCACCUAAAAGAUAAUGGAGCUUCCACAGAUGACAGUGCCGCAGAGAAAAAAGGUGGAACACUUCAUGCUGGUUUAAUCAUCGGCAUUCUAGUCCUGGUCCUCAUUGUGGCUGCAGCAAUCCUCGUGACUGUCUAUAUGUACCAUCAUCCAACAUCAGCAGCCAGUCUCUUCUUCAUAGAGCGGCGUCCGAGCAGAUGGCCAGCAAUGAAAUUCAGAAGGGGAUCUGGACAUCCUGCAUAUGCUGAAGUGGAACCAGUUGGAGAAAAAGAAGGCUUCAUCGUAUCAGAGCAAUGCUAAAAUUUUUAGGACAGAACACCAGUACUGGCCUACAGGUGUAAGACAUUUACUUUGCAUCUCUAUAAAGAAAAGGAGCCCUAAGCUGCUGAUAGUAUGAAGAUUUUGGAUAAGCUUUGUCCAGGAAGAAAAACUAUCUAAGAUACCAGAUUACCAUUGCACAGUAGUCUUUGUUAGUGGACUGAGACACAAUGGUUGAUGCAGAACAGUGGACACCUAUGGUAUCAGAACUAUGGCACAAGUGCCACAUUAUUGGCUUUAGGUAUGGCGGUGCACAGAAAUCAAAAAUAUAAUAAAGCUUUGGUGCACAAGGGGGUUACCCUGUGGUUCAAGUGUUCUUCUCUGGUAUGUCAAAGACUGAGCGACAAAUCUGUACACUUUCAGUGCAAAGAACACUGAUCAGUGUUCACAGGUGAUUGAGAACAUUAUCUCAAUGCAAGUGAAGAAGAAAAAUAAAAGAAUUUUCCAAUAUUUCUACAAACAGAUGUGGAAGUACACUCACUUUUUAAUUCUAAAAUAGGCUGCCCACCCGAGCAAGUAAGCCACAAUGCAUAUGCUUUCCAGGAGUAGUACAAUGUUUCUUGUACAUUGCUGAUCAAUAUCCUUUCAAACAAUUCAUGAUAUACAAACUGAUAAGAAAUGAAGGCAACAGAGAAAUUGUUAUUUCAUGGGAGUUCACAAUGAAGUUGGGCUGAUUUUCAGUUUCAAUGUUCAUUAAAAAUUACAAGGUUCCCUUCAAGUGAAAUCUUUCAUUUCUGAGUGAUAGACUAAAUUCAAGGCAAUAGAUCUUUUUUAUCUGACAGAGGUGUUAUGGACCAUUUCUUAGACAAUGUAAUACAAAAAAAAUAUCUGAAGAUAUAAAAUAAAUGGGGUUCUAUCCUUUGCCAUUUCAAAAUCUUUCCUGAGAAGCACCACAGACUUCAGUGCACCCCUCCCAGAGAUUCAGAUAUUAUUAAACCCUGCUGAUUCAUAAAAUGAAUUUGUUUAAUGCACACAGUAGUUGCAUAAAUAUAUAUAUAAAUAUAUUUUUUUUUAUAGCUAACACAAGGCAGGCUCUUGUGACUGUUAAGACUGCAUUUUUGUCAUUCAGACAAAGGAAAUGGAUUGCAUUACUGCAUAUUUCCACUGAGUUGUAAAAUAAUCCUUAAUGUUAUAAUAUUUUUAUGUUGUGUGGGGAAGGUGGUUCAUGUAGUCGCAAUACCAUAACCUUUCUUCCUAUUGAAACCACUCUUUCUUUAAUGUCGACCCUUUCCCUCCAUGUAUAGGGAAAGACAACAUUAUAAAUUCACAGCAUCAAAAACAGCUACUCCUUUCAUGAAAGGGGUUAGUAUGUAACGAGACCCAGAUCUUCCAUGCAGCAUGGGAACCUAAAUGCUUUGAUGAUCUGGGCCAGAGACAUUAAAAUAUUAAAUUCAGGCAUUAUACAUGCAUUUCAUUGUAGUCAUUGACUAUCACAUUUUUACAUGCUAUACAAACAGAUAUACUAAAUGCAUUUUAAAGUGAGAUAUACAUGAUUAGCAGUUUCAGAUCUCAAGUAGCUAAAAACAGUUGUUGAUACUACCUUAUUACUACAGCUAAUUACAUUUUCUGUUGAAGCUUCUAUGGUCUAAAUUCAAUUACUUGAUGCUGUUCAGUAAAUAAUACUAUUUUUUUUUUUCUGUAUUCUUAUGUUUUGCAUUAAACAUUUUUUUCGUCUGUUUAACAUCAUCUAGCGUGAGACUGAAACUGUUCAAAACCUAACUGGUAUUAAUCUGGAGGUACUAACAAACAUCCUCUUGAAGCUUGGUGAAAAGUCUGCAAGUAUUCUUUUCCCUUUGUGUGGGUUUAUGUUAGGCCAGGAUUAAAUUGCAGGCUGAUAAUUUUGAUAGCAAUAACCAAAUUUAUGCAUUUACACAUUUAUCUGGUGGCGCUCAUUUAAGAUAUCACUGCAAAUCAUUUAGACAGUUGAUGUGUAAUAUUUACUGUCAGGUUUUUUUUUAGCAAUCUUGAAAUUCAUCAGCUAGGAUUGACUGGCCAAAUAAAGCAAUUGUACAGCUUCCCUUUGAAGCAUGCUGGCAACCUGUUUGAGAGCACAGCCUGGCAAAUUAUACUAAAAAAUUUUAUAAAAAUCUACAAAGUAAUGCAAUAAGCUCGGGAGAUAUUUCAUACAAGUAAAGAAUGUUUAUUUUAUUAUGAGUUUACAGGUUUGCACUUUGAUUGACUCAUAGUUUUCUUUUUUUACCCAUGUAUGUAGUUCAUUUCAUGCAAUAGAGCUUAAUGAAUUUUUUGAUGUUGUUUAACAAGCAUGACAAAUUUCAAAUUCAGUAUUUGAUUACUUUUAUUCUAAGGCCCUCUUGCACAGGUAAAGGAUCUUUAUUAAUAUUUGCAAACUAACUUAAAUUUCAUAGUCCUUAUUAAAAUAACAGCAAUUAUUUUUCACUCUUUGUUCACCUCCAGUAAUUUGGUGGCAGAUUUCACAGAUAUGUGGGGAGAUCUAGUAUACUUCUUUUGAUUUUUGCCAUGAUGUUAUAUGCUAUGGAUUAUAACAUAAUGAGUUCCUGGGUUCAUUUGAUAAGAUUGAUAGGCCAUAUGCUUAUAUCUGAUAAGAACUGAUAUCUGAAGAGGAAAACUCGUGCAUACUAAUGGAAUGUAUAGUGUCUCAUCAGUGUCUGCUUUGAUAUAUUCUGUGGUAUGUUCUAUUUAUCCCAGUAGGCAAAAGUUAAUUAAGUAACCUGUUGCUGUUUUGUAAUUCCAUCUGGUUUUCUAAUUUUUUAAUAAGUAAAAAUUGCCACAUUAAAAAUGUUACAAAUAUAAA